UGAAGUCCUGAUUGGUGUGUAAUGUUCCAACAUAUAACAGAAUACUCUGUUAUUUGUGUUUUUUAGGAAAUCGGUAUUAUAUUUUAUUAUUUAUUUAUGAUAACUUAUAUAAAAUCAUGGCAGAAUCUUUAGCUGGUCAACGAGCUAAAAGACAAAAAAUUGAUAAACAUGGUCGUAUGUCAGCUUUAGAGAAGCUGAAACAGUUAAAGGGCAAAGGAUCCAAACACAAAUAUGACGUGGAUGAUAUGGAAAAUGUUUAUGAUACGGUCGACGAAACCGAAUACACUGAACGUGUUUUGCAGCGCCAGGAGGAUGACUGGAUUGAAGAUGAUGGAACUGGAUAUGUGGAAGAUGGCAGAGAAAUCUUUGAUGACGAUGAAGGAGAUGAUGAUUCAUAUGUUGCAACGAACAGUAAGGAAUCUGGACGUGGCCAGAAAAGAAAAGCUAAGGUUGCCCCACAGCUUUCUGGUAAAGGCAAUAUUAGAAAUCUCUUGGGAGCUAUGCCGACCAAGAAAAAGGAGGAUGUAAAAAUAUCAGAAGACAAUAUUUUGUCAGACAUAAUGUCAGAUUUAGAUGGAAGUGCUCCAUCUGUGAUUAGACCAAAGCCUUUGGUUGCAACCAAGUCUAACAUAGUUGAAACAACCAAAAGAGAAGCACAAAACUACUUCAAAAACCUAUCAACUUCAGUCAAAAAACCCACCCCUGUUGUUAGGAUUGAUGAAACUCCUCCUGAAGUGAUCAAAGACACAAAAGUACAGAAUGCCCCAUCAGAAAAACAAUCAAAUGGCCACAGUGUAAAAAAACCAGAAUGGACUAUAGAAAAAGAAAUAAAAAAGGAAUUAGAAGACUCAGCAACUCAAAAUAUAGAGGAAUUCACAACACAAGAAAUACAUUUUCAUGACGACUUUAGCAACGAUGCUGCUAUGUGUGAUAUUCCAGAAAUAAAAGUAGAACCUUCCACUAUCUCAAACACCAUAACUGAUGUUGCUGAGGAGUUUUUAAAUGAAGAUUUUGAAAUAUUUCCACUAAAGAAAGAAACAAAGGAAUUGAAGGUAUUAAGCAGUAAUUGGGGAGAUCAGAAUGAGAAUCAAGUUAUAUCAAGUGUCCAAACAGAUGGGCAUCUUCCACUCCAGACUAAUAGAGACGGUGAGAAAGUUCUAAAAUUUUAUUGGUUGGAUGCCUGGGAAGAUAGGUUUGUUAAGCCGGGUGUGGUCUAUCUGUUUGGCAAAGUGUAUGUGAAUCCUUUGAACAAGAAAGCAGGAUGUGCUUCUUGUUGUUUGGUUGUGAAAAAUGUAAAUCGUCAGUUGUUUCUGCUUGCAAGGGAAUAUAAAUUAGAUCCCAUUACAUUGGAACCGACAGACCAGGAAGUAACAAUGAUGGAUGUGUAUCAAGAGUUUAAUAGUUCUGUAGCUAGCGAGUUGAAUCUUAAAGAAUUUAAAUCUAGGAAAGUCACCAAGAACUACUGCUUCAAUCUGCCUGACAUACCUGCACAGUGUGACUACUUAGAAGUGAAAUACUCUGCUGCGUUACCCCCUCCGCCUACAGGAAAGAAAUAUUUAACAUUCUCACAUAUAUUUGGAGCAAAUACCUCAUCUUUAGAGACACUGUUGCUUGAAAGAAAAAUAAAAGGUCCUUGUUGGCUUGAAGUAAAGCAAGUUGAAAAUGUUCUAGCCAAAGUGUCCUGGUGUAAAAUGGAAGCAGCUUGUGAAAAAAUGGAACACGUAAAUGUGAUUAGAAAUGAUAAUAAUCUAGAACCGCCACCAAUAACUAUUGCUACUCUAAAUAUGCGAACUACGACAGAUCCAAAAACGAAUAAGACAAAAAUUUUAAUGCUGAGUUGUCUAGCACACAAUUCUUUCCCAGUACAUAAACCAGCCCCAAAUCCAUCCUUUAACCAACAUUUUUGUGUAAUGACAAAAUGUAAUGAAAUAUGGCCACUUGAUCUCAAACAGCAUUUACUGCAAUACAAAGCAACUAGACUGACCAAAUGUGAAUCAGAAAGAGAACUUCUUAACUUCUUUAUGGUACAGUUUUGGAAAUUAGAUCCAGACUUAGUCGUGGGUCAUGACUUGCAAGGUUUCCAACAAGACUUGUUAAUUGGGAACAUCUUAGAUUUACGAAUUCCUAAUUGGUCUCGUUUAGGCCGACUUAAGAGAUCAGUCGCUCCUCAGAAGAAAUAUGCAGCCAAGGAUGCAUUCUUAGGAAGAUUGGUUUGUGAUAUUAAAAUCUCCGCCAUGGAGCUUAUACGAGCCCGAAGCUUCGAUCUAGACACACUUUGCGUUAAUGUUCUUAAAAUGAAAGAAGGUGAUCGCGUCGACGUUGCACUCGAAGAUUUACCGCGUUACUAUGAGAGCACUAAUGAUCUUCUGCAGUUAGUAACACUAAGUAUGCAAGAUGCGUCCUACAUUCUAAAAAUUAUGUGCGAGCUUAAUGUGGUACCACUAGCAUUGCAGAUUACCCAAAUAGCAGGUAAUGUGAUGUCUCGUACUUUGAUGGGGGGUAGAUCAGAAAGAAAUGAAUUUUUGUUGCUUCAUGCUUUUACUGAAAAAAAUUAUAUUGUACCUGAUAAAGUGUAUGGUAAAAAGAUUAUUGUUGAUGACGCAGAAGAACAAGAAGAAGCCGCACCUAAUAAUGUGUCUAAAAAGCAAGGUAAGAAAAAAGCUGCAUACUCUGGUGGCUUAGUCCUCGAUCCUAAAAAAGGAUUUUAUGAUAAAUUAAUACUUCUGAUGGAUUUUAAUUCUUUAUAUCCAAGUAUUAUUCAGGAAUAUAAUAUUUGUUUUACUACAAUCAAAAGAAAAAAUGGUUCAGUAAAUGAUGACAAUAUUAAUAAUCUUGUUUUACCUGGACCCAAUACCGACUUUGGAGUACUUCCAACUCAAAUUAGGAAACUAGUAGAAAGCAGACGAGAAGUAAAAAAAUUAAUGAAAUCACCAGAUUUACCAUCAGACCUUUAUAUGCAAUAUAAUAUACGACAAAUGGGCCUAAAACUGACCGCCAAUUCUAUGUAUGGCUGCCUUGGAUUCACGCAUUCUAGAUUUUACGCGAAGCCACUGGCGGCGCUAGUCACGAUGAAAGGUCGAGAAAUUUUAAUGGACACGAAAGAAAUAGUACAAAAAUUAAACUAUGAAGUUGUGUAUGGAGAUACUGACAGCUUAAUGAUAAAUACUAAUUGUCUAGAUUAUGACUACGUUUUUAAAAUCGGUAAUGAUUUAAAAAGAGAGAUUAACAAAAAGUAUAAACAGAUAGAAUUAGAUAUUGAUGGAGUUUUUAAAUAUCUACUUCUUUUAAAGAAAAAGAAAUAUGCUGCAGUGAUUGUAAGUAAAAAUAAAAAUGGAGAAUUUGUAUACACUCAAGAACAUAAGGGUUUAGAUAUAGUAAGACGAGAUUGGUCACAAUUGGCAGCAGAAGCUGGAAAGUUUAUAUUAAGUCAAAUUCUUUCUGAGCAAACAGCAGACGAGAGGCUCGAAAGUAUUCAAAAUCAUUUAAAUAAAUUAAAAGAUGAUUUAAUAAAUAAUAAAAUGCCCUUAUCCUUGUUAACGAUAACAAAGCAGCUUACGAAAAACCCUAGUGAGUACGCUGACAAAAACAAUCAACCACACGUUCAAGUGGCAUUGCGAUUAAAUGCAAAAAAUAGUAGAAGGUUUAAAAAAGGAGAUAUUGUACCUUACAUAAUUUGUGAAGAUGGUACUGCUAAUUCAGCAACUCAAAGAGCUUACCAUAUAGAGGAGUUAAAGAGUUCUGAACAUCUUAAAGUCGAUUACAAAUAUUAUUUAGCUCAUCAGCUACAUCCUGUUAUAUCUCGAAUAUGCGAACCCAUUGACGGUAUGGAUCCAGCGCGUGUCGCUGACUGUCUCGGCUUAGAUCCUUCAGGCUAUCGACAAAUUAUUAAAAAGGAGAACUCUAACACUGAAACAUAUGAAGUAGAAAACGAUCAGGAGAAAUACAGGUAUUGCAAAGAAUUCACAUUUGUAUGUGUAAAUGAAAACUGUAAAACUGAAAAUAGGAUCAGAGAAACCUUUGUUAAACUAGACAAAGAAAACGUAACAUUUUUAGAAAAAUGUCAGAAUCCGAAAUGUUUAGUAAAACCAGUAGACUACUUGGCAUGUAUUCAAAACCAAUUGACUUUACAAAUGAGGGAGUAUCACAACCAGUAUUACGCAGGCUGGAUAUCCUGCGAGGACCCGGCGUGUGGCUACCGCACAGUCAGACUUCCGCAAACGUUUACCGCUGGCUACCCCUUAUGUAGACAGUGUGAAAAAGGAGUGAUGUUCAGGGAUUACACAGAGAAAGAUUUAUAUCUCCAGAUAAAUUUCUUUCUCUUCUUAUUUGAUGUUAACAAAAAUAAUACUUCAAAAAUAAAGUUAAGUCCACAAAUCAUUACUGCAUUUCAAAUAAUAAAAGAAAUGGUUGAAGACAUUUUGGCACAUUCAGCUUAUUCUAUAAUUAAUUUGUCUAAGCUGUUUCGAUUUUUCCGUUUGGAUAACAAGAAUGGAAGCAGUGUGAAGUCUGAACCUGUGGAAAUAGAUAUUCUGCCAGAAACUGAACAUAUUGAUGCUUUGAUGGAAAUGGGGACCUACUAGAAUUAAACAUAAGGCUUUAUUUGUAAAUACAACUUUAUUCUUCAAUUAUACUGUAAUUAUAUCAGUUUUAUAAUUAAAUUAAACACAUUCGUUACUUAA